AUCCAUGGCGACAAAAGCAUCGAAAACAGCAACCAACAUGGCGGAGCGGAUCAGACAGAGGUCACCAAAGAGGGUUUUUAUCAACAACAUAGACUCAUACACGUCUAAACACAUCUCCAAGUUCUUAUCAGAGUGUGUGCUGGGAGCGGAUGCUGAUGGAGAAAAUGAAGAAGAGGAGGAGAGGAGGACUUCAGACCACAUUGGAGAGAAAUCUUUCCAUGUUGUUGGGACUGUUUCUGGGUCCCCUGAGGAGGAGGAGGAGAAGGAGGAGGACGACAGACCGUACCUGCUGGAGGAGUAUUCAAAUAUGAACAGAGACGCCCUGCUCUCCAAACUGAUGCUCUGCGACGUAGUCAUCUACAACAUUACCCAGCAUGCCGAGCAAGUGGAUGAGGCUCUGUGGGCGGUCACAGCUCUGCAUGAUCAAAUGGAAACGUUCUCUGCACCGAAGACCUUCAUCCUCAUCUCCACUGUGAUGACCUGGGCUUGCAGCAAACCUGUCGAUCCUGACGAUCUGGAGCUCCCGUUCACUGAUGAGUUUUUCCGGAGGAGACGAUCUCACCCUAACUUCAAACGUCACAUCGACCUGGAGAAGAGGGCGGUGAAGAUGGGAAAAACUAACAGGAAGCUGUUCUCCACGUACGUGGUGGCGUCAGGGCUGCAGUACGGGAUGGGAGAGCAGAUCUUUCACUUCUUCUUCAAGACGUCCUGGCUGGGACAGAAAGAGAGGAUUCCUGUGUUUGGAGACGGACUGAACAUCGUCCCCAUGAUCCAUGUGACUGACCUGGCAAGUGUGGUUCAGAACGUGAUCGAACAUCAGCCGAUGCGGUAUUACCUGCUGGCUGUGGACCAAUCACACAGCAGCAUGGAGGACAUUGUGAAGGCGGUUGCUUCUGUUCUUGGACCGGCAAAGAUCCAGAAGAGACCCUUUGAAGAAGCGUUCCUGACUCAGGACCUGAGUGUGAUGGAGGUGGAGUCCCUGCAGGUGAACCUUCGUAUGGAAGCGGUCCACAUUAAGGAGCUGUUCUCUGUGAGCUGGUGCUGUGAGUCCGGACUGCUUGAGAACCUGGAUCAGGUGGUGGAGGAGUUCAGACAGACCAGAGGGCUGCUGCCCCUGCGUGUGUGUGUUUUAGGUCCCCCUGCUGUUGGGAAGAGCUCAGUGUGCAAACAGAUCAGUAAACAUUACAAACUCCACCACAUCACACUGAAGGAGACCAUCUCUGAAACCAUCGCUCAGCUGGAGUCUGCUGUGGAUAACUACGAUCCAGAAGCAGAGAACGACCACUCUGCAGAGGAUCUGCUGUUCAGUCUGAAGGAGAGCAUGGAGCAGAACGCAGGUUGGCUGGAGGAUCAUCUGUUAGUGAAGGUGCUGAAACACAAACUGACGUCCAACCCGUGCAGAAACCAGGGCUUCAUCCUGGACGGAUUUCCAAAGACAUGCGAGCAAGCUAAAGAGCUCUUCUCUGCUCCUUCAGAUGAAGACCAUGAAUCAGAAGCUGAAACAUCCCUGAGCUCUUCACAGGGAAAGAUCAUUCCAGAGUUCCUGUUGGUCCUGGACUCCUCAGACUCCUUCCUGCAGGACCAGGUGAUGAAUCUGCCCGAGCGGCUCGUUCAGGAGUGGAACUACGAGCAGGAUCACUUCCUGCAGCGCCUGAACAGAUACAGAGAGACAAACAUGGAGGAGGAGACCGUCGUCAACUUCUUCGAUGAGCAGGACCUCUCCCUCCUGUACCUGGAGGUCACCAGCAGCAGUGAGACCGACUCCCUGCAGCUGAUGCAGAAGAUCAUCGACACGCUGGGACCGCCCAGGAACUACGGCUGCAGCAUCCAGGAGAAGGAGGAGGAGGAGAGGAGGGAGGCUGAGCAGAGCAUGAUGAGGGAGGAGCAGGAGAGAGCUGAGGAGAUGAGGAAGGAGGAGGAGGAGGCCAGACACAGAGCUGCACGCUGGGAGGAGUGGACUCGGCGCAGGGACGAGGAGAGGCGGCAUGAGGAGGAUCUGCUGGAGGCUCAGACCGUCUCUAUGAGGACUUACCUGGAGGAGCACGUGAUGCCCACCCUGCAACGUGGCCUGUUGGAGUGCUGCACAGCUCGGCCUAGUGACCCUGUCGACUUCCUGGCAGAGUUCCUCCUGAAACACAACCCGUCAGACUCCUGACAAGGAGGGUCAGCGUGUGUGUGUGAGCAGAGAGGCCUGAGAGGAGGGUCAAACACAACCCGUCAGACUCCUGAGAGGGAGGGUCAGCGUGUGUGUGUGUGAGCACAGAGGCCUGAGAGGAGGGUCAAACACAACCCGUCAGACUCCUGAGAGGGAGGGUCAGCGUGUGUGUGUGUGUGAGCACAGAGGCCUGAGAGGAGUGUCAGCGUGUGUGUGAGCACCGAGAGUGUAAAUAUGUUGCAUGUGUGUUCGAGACGUUUCUCAUGUUUCAUUUAAAUGAAUAAACCCUCCAGGAGAGGUUAGACCGG